UCCUAUGAUUGAAAUAUUACUCACUAUUUACUGCUUAAUUUGCUGGAACUGACAAAGUUUAGCUCGACUCGUCUCAGUAAUUCUGGAAAUGUGGCUUACCACGAGGAGUCUGUCUGACAGCCGAGAGCCGAUUCCGCUACACAGUUGUGCUGUUUGGUCUCUUCAGUUCACCUGUCAUGUUCAGACCUGCUCCGGGACAGGUGUAUGCACCUGCCGCGGGAGUUACGAGCAUAGCUCUCUGUUUGACAGAUUUGCGUGUUAUUUGUGUUUUUUUGUACGUUGAUAUUCCUGAUUUGGAGUGAAAUUACAUCGAGUCUAAAUGGGAAACUUGUGGAAGCUUGACCUUUUUGUAAGAAUUUAUUAAAAGGCUGCUUAUGUAAAUACAGCUGGAACCAACAUCUGUGUUUUUGGAAAGUAAGCGGCCUGUGCUCGUGGUACAGAAUGAUCCGGCUUACAACCAGCGCCGGCCUUACACAAGUGAGGAUGAGGCCUGGAAGUCGUUCCUGGAGAACCCUCUCACAGCCGCCACCAAGGCCAUGAUGAGCAUUAAUGGAGAUGAGGACAGUGCCGCAGCUCUGGGUUUGCUAUACGACUACUACAAGGUGCCACGGGAUAAGAGAACAAUAUCCCAGCAAAAGACUGACGUCCUGGGCUCUGAUGUGGAUCCCAACAAAAGGAACAUGAUGGCCCCUCUCCAAGAGACGUCAAUGCCAUCGGAGAACAGAAUUCAGGUUCUGAAAGGAGUACCCCUAAACAUUGUUCUUCCAGGGAACCAGCACACCCAGGACAAGAGAGGCCUUUUCCCCUCACCUGACACUACGGUGACGGUGUCCAUCGCGGCUGUGCCAAACUACUCCGUGAAGACCGAGGGUUCAUCCCACGGUUUCUCGGUCACGGUCCCCAACCCUCACUGCUCAGAACCAGACAGUCACACGGUGGGAUUCGACCGUCAGCUCCCCCACAACCAGUUCAGCCCAAACACACAGCCACGCACCCCAGACUCGACCUUCCCAGAAAACUCAGACGUGUUCUCGUUCCCAGGGGAUCUCCAGUUACGCAUGGUCUCGCAGGAAGACUACGGAACGUUUGACACAGUGUCAAGUAAUAAUUUUGAAUACAUGUUAGAAGCCUCUAAGUCUCUGAGGCAGAAGUCUGGUGAUGGCACAAUGACGUACCUCAACAAGGGCCAGUUCUAUCCCAUCACCCUCAGGGAAACCGACAAUGGCAAACUGAUGCACGGCCCCAUCUGUAAAGUCAGGAGUGUUGUGAUGGUAGUGUUUGGAGAGGAGAAAACCAGAGAUGACCAACUCAAGCACUGGAAAUACUGGCACUCGAGACAGCACACGGCCAAACAGAGAUGCAUUGAUAUCGCGGACUACAAAGAAAGUUUCAACACCAUCAGCAAUAUUGAGGAGAUUUCAUAUAACGCCAUUUCAUUCACAUGGGACAUCAGUGAGGAAGCAAAGAUCUUUAUCUCAGUGAAUUGUCUGAGCACUGACUUCUCCUCUCAGAAGGGAGUGAAGGGCCUACCGCUCAACCUACAGAUCGACACCUACAGCUACAACAACCGCAGCAAUAAACCCAUCCACCGCGCAUACUGCCAGAUUAAGGUCUUCUGCGACAAGGGUGCAGAACGCAAAAUCCGUGAUGAGGAGAGGAAACAGUCCCGCAGGAAGAGCAAGGGCCCUGACAUUAACGCUGCUCUGGGAAACUUUGGGCCAGAUGUCAAGGGGCCCCUCAUGCACAAACGCAGCGACAUCACUGUCUUCAAGACAAUGACAGAAUACGAGACGCAGCCUGUCCUUUUUAUCCCCGACAUCCACUUCUCCACCUUCCAGCGUCAUCCUUUCUCACAGGAGGACUCAGAGGAGGGCUCAGCUAUGAAGAGAUUACCUUAUUCCGAGGAGGAGUUUGGAUCACCUCCCAAUAAGCUGGCAAGGAUGGAUGAGCCCAAAAGAGUUUUGCUGUAUGUGCGCAAAGAGACAGAAGAAGUGUUUGAUGCUCUCAUGCUGAAAACUCCUACUGUAAAAGGCCUAGUGGAAGCGAUUUCAGAGAAAUAUGAAGUUCCUCUUGAGAAGAUGGGAAAAGUCUUCAAGAAAUGCAAGAAAGGGAUCAUGGUAAACAUGGAUGAUAACAUCGUCAAGCACUAUUCCAACGAAGACACCUUCCAGAUCCAGAUGGAGGAAAUGGGAGGAAUGAUUAAGCUUACACUGACAGAGAUUUGAGAGUUAUUUUCGAGUCAUCCUUCAGACUGGUUUACACAAGUCCACAGACCAUUCCUCCUACUCUAUUUGGAUACCAGAGAUCCCUCAGCAACUCGCUGUCAUCUUUUAGAAUAAUCUGAUGAACAGUUUUCACGUGACCAAGUGUAUGAGCCUUAAGUACUUGUGAAUUUAGAGUGAAAUAAUGUAGAGUAAGUGUUUCUUCCAAACACCUUAAAGGUUUUGAGCCAUAUUUUCUAAUUUUUCUGAGUAUAAGCGAACAGCUGCAGAUUUUUACUAUUUCUCAUUCUUUUUGUGACUCUGAAAGAGAUCACAAUAACAAUUUACUCUUCAUUUUCCUGUUUAAAGUCAUAGCACUGGAGACGCUAAUCUCUAAUAAGGACAAAUGAACAGGGUGUUACUUCUGUAGUAAAAUGGGUUUGGGGGGAUCCUAUUUGCUUCACUGUAUUGAUACAAAUACCCUGAGCAGUAUUUAGAAAGUACAGUAUAUUAAUCUUUGCUCAGCAACUCCGUGAGGUGCGGUGCCACAAGCACUGUGUGUAUGAGCACAUUAUGAUUUAUAAAUGUAAUGGAACAACCCUUUUUUUAACCAACAAUGGUCAUUUCCCCAAUUCCGAAUAUGAACAAAUACGGUCCAUACUUCAGGCCCUCUGAUUAAUCCUUCAGGAGGUAUUUUCAAAAUGUGAUCCAUAAAGAAUCAGUAUAAACUUCCUUUUUUAACAACAACAAAAAAAAACAAUGCAGAUUGAUAAACAUUAUGCUGUAUUGUUAGUGAAUGGACUGCAAUGCUCUACACAUUUAUAAUAUAACAAAAAUUUGCGAUCAGUUCUAAUGUAAUUCAUGAUUACCAGAGUUCCUGUAGCUACUGCUAUAUCAGUUUUGCCCAAAAACAUAGAUGUAUGUAUCUUUGAAAAUCAGCAAAUAAGUAGUAUUACAUUUAUCUUAUUUGGUUACCCAGUAACCAUUAUAUGAUGCCCCAUACACUGCUGUUACUUUGAGAGGAGAACAUAUUCAUCCUUUCUGUUGUCGUUGAUGAAAUGUACAGGUUUAAAAUCAUUUUGGAAAAGCUUCUAAAUGUUGUCUUAAAAACUGAUAUUGUCUUUUUUUAUCAUUUAUUAUGUAUAUAUUUAUUACUGGGAUGGGAUUUUUUUAUAACUAUAGCAAAGAGUCAGUUUUCUAAUUAUCUUUUUAAAAAUUUAAAUGAAAUCAUUCUAAAUGAUCUAUUUAUGCAAAUGGGAUUUUUUAGUUUGUUAUUAAUGUCUGAUUUGGUUUUAAUGUGCAUAUUUAAGUGCUCUUAUAUGCAAUUUUCCUUCACUGAACUGUUAGUCAGAUAUGUUUCCUUUUGUAUCAAAUACACAUCUUAAGCUCCAAUAAAAGCCACUUGGGACUGUGUAUUUUA